AUGCCAUCAAAAACGCCAGCGCCUAAGAGUGAAGCCAAGCACGCCCAGAAGUCCAAGAAGACGCCGAAGACCGUGUUUGGAUCCGCCCUACUGACUGGAUACGUUCCGAUACCAAAGCAACAGGAGGUCAGCAUUGAGAAUGCUCUUGAAGCUGUCGAAUCUGUGUCAAAAAGGACAAUACAAAAACCCUACAAAUGCAAGGUCUCAGACUCGAUCACCUACCUGGUGGUAAGAAGACGAAACGUCGUCAACUCUGCCAGACCCUGGAAGCUGCGCAUCCCCUACUUAGAAAUCUACCGUUACUUCAUAUUUGCCCGCGAUCCGACACUGGUAGUUCUUGUGAUUCCGGAGAAGACGAGCGGAAACCUGGCAUAUCUGUUGUUGAACAUGGAAACACCCGACCAGGCAGCAGCCAUCUGUGAUGCAAUUCAGAAGAGAAGGCGAUCCAACGUGAACGGUAGCACCACACUAGAUCAUAAAGCCAAUCAACAAACGGAUGCCUGUAGCAAUACAGCGACCGCGGAAAUGACGCAUCUUGGUCCUCCAGAGGGCGAUAGUGGCAGCACCCAUGAGGGGAGAGAGGGCGGUUUAGAACCCAGUGAAGAUCACUGUGAAAAGGAGGCUUCAGGGACUACCACUGCGGAGUCAGUAAUGGCGGAGGGCCAAAAAUCUGCAGCCCCUCUCAGCUGGCCCUCAGUGCAAGAACCCAGUACUGAGGCGGAGGAGACAGAUGACAAGCACCAGAUCUCACCAGAUGCGCCACAGACAGAUUCCGAGGAGACUCCGGGACUGCUGGAGACUUUGAUCAAGGCGAGCAACAAGGAGCUGCAGAAUUCGGCCGUUCCUUUCAUGUAUGACUCUGAAGGACCAGAGGAAAGGUCGGACGAGAGUGACUCCGACGGUGAAGAGCAGAAUGAAACAGAGUCGAGGAGACGAAGGGUCAGGGAGGAAGAAAUUCGACCCCAGGAUGUGACUCAGCAGAAUAAAAGCGCCGUAUCCAGCGAAGGGCAAUCGAAGAGUAGAAUGGCCCGUCGUGAACCACCAAAGUUUGUAGAAAUGCCAGUCGAUUUCCUAGGUUCUCAUGGUAAUGAUCAACCAGCCGAAAAUCGGAACUUUGAAGCUCUGAGGCAGUCUCUGCUUCAUGACAAGUAUGAUGACGAUUGGGCUGUCGACAUGAAGAUGGUCAAGGGAGAUGGGAAUUAUUACAGUCACAUCAGGGAUGAUGGAGAUAUCCUCAUGUUUGUGGCGCAUCAUUUAGUGCCGGAGAACGCCUCCUACAGCCUCAGCUCUGAAAGCGACUCGGGUGCCGAGUUAGACGGUUACCCACCCAGUGGACACACCUCGGAAAAAUCUCAGAAACGGACUGACAGUUCAGACUCUGCCAGUAUGUCAUCGUCGUCGUCGUCACCCAAUCAGAUCGCAGAAAGUAAGCCACCCCAGUUGGCCCUUGCGGACGAAAACUCAAUUUCUACCCUGCAAACACCUCUGGAAACUUGA